UAAUGAAAUGGAAGUGGCCGGAAUUGCAGAGGAAUCGGUUCAGUUACAGCCAGCGAAAUUGCCGGAGCCUGGGACAGGAAUCACCUGGAAGGUCACACUAGACUCAGCAGAGACAUAUCGGAUUGUAACAUUUAAUAAAGGGGAACCCCCUGACCAUGGGGCAGCCCCACAUUUUAUCAACAGAGUCACUUUCCACCCUGAGAAUCUCUCACUGCAGAUUGAUCCAGUCAAUAAGUCAGACAGUGGCCUCUAUACCUUGCUAAUUGACAUUGGAGGAGGCCGUGAAGACAUCACAAAGUUCCGUGUCUCUGUGUUUGACCGAGUCCGGCAGCCAAACCUCACGGUGCUCUCUGCCCACGCGGAGCUCGGCCAGUGCAACGUUACCCUGUCCUGCUCGGUGCCUGGCGCUGACAGAGUCACCUACGGCUGGUCCCGAGGCACGUCCCAGAUCCCGUCUGACCGGGACCAUCAGCUCCCUGGGCACCAAUCCCUGCUGCACGUAGUGAUUAAUGCAAACAGCAGUGACGCCUUCUACCGAUGUAACGCUAGUAACCGAGCCAGCUGGGGCGCAGACACUGUAGAUGUCAAAUCAUUGUGCGACUCCCCAGCCACAGCCCCAACUCCUGGAAUCAAACAACAAGACUUUUUUCAGAAAGUCCCACUGUGGGCAAUUGUUGCUGCAGGGCUGGGGCUGCUGCUUCUGCUCACGACGCUCACCCUCAUCUUCCUCUGCAAGCAUCGGAAGAAGCGACGCUCCUGCAAAGACGGUGACCCGCCCAUCACCAUCUACGAGGAAGUGGAGGACGCCUGCCCCAGAAGAAACGCUAAUGGAAAUGCACAGAACAGAAUUGUAGGAAACACCAUCUACGCUGAGAUCAACUGCAACUCACAAGUCGGAGACGUCACGGUGUACGCUUCUGUCCAGAGGCCUCCUUCUGUCAAGAGGAACAAAAUCAACCCGUCCUUCAUCUCGACCAUCUACGCGGAGGUUCAAGACGCCCCUUCCAGACCCAGGCAGCCUCAAAAGCAGCGCUCAUCUUCACCUAAUCCUGGGCAUUUGUAUUCCUAGCUUCCGCAGCCCCUCGCUGCAGGACACAACCUUCCUUUCUUUAAAGGCCUUUUCCCCGUGGAGCGAGCUCCUUGCUGAUGGACAGACCUCCACCUGUGCAGCUAAGCACAGCUUUGAUCUGACCAGCUUGGAUGUACAAGACUUGGGGUUCUUUCUCCUUGCACUCAGAGCAGAAAUAUCACAAUAACAGCAUCUUCAUUCGUAUCGUGCAGUCCUAGGCCAAACCAUGAAGGCUCAUUGAAAACAAAUACAGAGGGAGCAGAGAACAGAUACCACAACCUUUUCUUUCUUUGGGAAAGGUUGUUUGAGAAGAUUUGAUGUGCAAAGAUGGUUGGUUUGGGGGUAUUUUUUGUUAAUUUCAACUGGUUCAACACUCCUUUGCAGUUUGCACGCAGGGAUGUGUAUAGAUUUAAUUGCAUUAACAGGCAUUGUGGGUUAAUUAGCUUAUUUAUAGCUUUAAAAAUAUAGCUAAGCAGGACAGAUGUAGGGUGUAACCUACCCUAAUGCUAGUGUAAGUCAGGAGUAACUCCACUGAAGUCAGCUAGGGCAGAUACUCUGUUGGUGUAAAUCAACAGAGCUCCAAGUUACAGCUGUGUCAAACCAGGGUAAGUGAGAAGAGAUUCAGCCCCUACUCUUCAGGGAGGUGUCUAGGCCAGGGGGCAGGGAAUGGCACUGGAAUUUGAGGUUAAAAGUUUUGGUGACUGAGUUGCGUAAGAGCUGAGACACAGGUCUCGCAUCACCCAGGUGAGGAAGAAGAUGACUAUUACCAAUUGUUUUAUUUUGCACAAGACUAAUACAAGUGGAUACCAUCAGGUGCAAUUUAGGCAGAAAUUGUUUUGUUUUUUAAAAAAAGGUAUUUUACAAAACCAAAGAUCAAUAGAAAUGUAUCAAGAUUUAAAAAAAAAACUAUUUGAAAUGUAUUUAAAAAAAAAUAUCUCGAUCUUACACUGCACUAGUUUGAGCCCAGUGUCCUGUUAGAGUGAGCAAGAGUCAAACUGACUAGAAACAAAGGUGAAACUGACCAGCCAGGUUUGUCCUGGCUGAGAGAAAUGCAAACCAGCAGAAUAGAGAGAAUCAAGAGGAAGUUUUGAACCUUCCUGUGACUUGCAUCAACUUGGUGGAAAAGGCAAGGAAACUUGUGUUUAAAAGUAGAGCAAGAGUGAGGAAGGAUAGCCCAAUGGGUAGGGCACUGCCAUAGCUUCUAGUGUGACCUUUGUGUAAGUCCUUUAGUCUCUCUCUCUCCUCCCAUUUCCCACAUCUACAAUGGGGAUAACAGCACUACCUUGCCUGCUGGGUAGGGUGAUCAGAUGUCCCAAUUUUAUACGAACAGUCCUGAUUUUUGGGUCUUUUUCUUAUAUAGGCUCCUAUUACCCCCACCCCACCCCCACCCCCUGUCCUGAUUUUUCACAUUUGCUGUCUGGUCACCCUAGUUAAACUCCAUAAUCUUCCUGGUUUUUUUCUAAUGCAAAUAAGCAUAUCCGUUUCCAUAAAACACACAUUUAGAAAAACAGAACAACGCCUGCCAUUGGUGAAAUGAGACAAAUUAUGGGCAAUAAAAUCUCAGUACCGUGAGAAAAAGGG